AGUACACCUUCCUAGGCAGUCAAUUCCCUUCUUGUAUGUGUGCAAUUGAUUGUUCCUUCCUAAGUGGAGUACUUUGCAUUUGUCCUUAUUGAAUUUCACCAGUUUACUUCAGACCACGCUGCUGUUUGUAAACAUAGAUAUGUUCUAAAUUCCAGUACACAUGCAGCAUAAAACAUGGGAAAGAAGAAGAAAAAAGAAAAUCCGGUUGGGCAGUUUAAAGAAGCUAGAUCAUCUUUCCCAGAAGCUCUGCUGGCCUUUCAAAUUCAGAUAAAAGAAGAGGCAAUUGAUCAGCUUCUAUUUGAACUAAAGCAACUGAAAGAAAAGAACAAAAAAUAUCAUGAAAGAAACGACUAUCUGAAGGAAGAACAGCUGGGACACAUCCGCAGUCUGCUAAGCAACUUGAAAAUACAGGACAAAGAACUAGAGCAAAAGGAGGUUGUAACCAGGGAUGAUGUAGAGGCAGCAAUGAGGGAGAAAUGGCAGUAUGUUAAGGACCAAGAACUGCUUCUGAAAGAGCUACACUCCAGGAUAAAUGAAGUUGAGCAUAAACUACUGGUAAAACAGGCUGAGAAGGAUUACUGGUUAGAGUACAAAAAUGUGGGAAGUGGAGAACAUGCCAAACAGAUCAAGCUCCUAGAAAAUGAUAUCCACGGACUCAAAGAUGACCUUGAGCAAAUGACAGAAUAUUAUAGACAUACUCUGGAAACGACAAAAGAAAAAAUGGACAGAUUGGUUGAGAAACAAAUGAAUGAAAAGAAGGAAUGGGCUACUGAGAAUGCCGUAAAGCACAUUGACAAAACCAGUCACAGGGAGAUUGAAGAAAAUGAAUGGCUGAAGGAAGAGGUUGAAAUGUACCGAAAGGAAGUAAGUGACUUGGAAGCAUCUGCUCAGCUACUAGAAGAAGAAAAUAUAUAUAUGAUUAGGAGCCUGUUUAACUGCAGACUUCAAAAUCUUAAAAUAUCGGGGCAUUUAUUUCUUACCCAGGGAGCUGGCCUGCAAGUUCAAGGAGAGGAAUUGCUUAGUGAGGACUUGGAAGGACUACAGGGUAGAGAUUAUGCAGCAAAGACAGAUGCUGGAGAUGAAAGCACCAAGAGCACAGCACCCCUAGCCAUAGAGAAGGAAGUGUUUUCAGAUACUCAGUCUGAGACAGAGGCCGAGAAACAGGAAGACAGCUAUGAGGAUCUGUGGGGAGAGCCAAUGGCUCCUGCUCUCAACUACCUAUUGUAUGAAGAUGAAAAAGAUAUCCAGGAACACUCAAAACUGGGUCCCCUGGGGACGAAACUGAUGAGUGCAGUGGGAAGAGCCAUGCCUAUUCAUGAAGAAUUGAGAGAAAUGUCAAGCAAAUGCCAGUUUGAAGACAGUUUUGAUACCUAUAAAUCAGAGGGCCACAUCACAUACCGCAUGAUCAAAUCUGUAUUUACUUAGGAACAAAAGGUCCUGGUUGGUUAAAAAUAGACUAAUUUAUAUUGCUCAUUUAGAAAUGUAAUUUGAAGUUCAUUAAAUCUUUGAUCUGUUUUCCAGGUAAUCUGUGACACAAUGCUUAUGGACGCUCUUUUCUUAAGUACCUAAAGCAUUAGAUUUAAAUAUUAGACAAUUGAAAUAGCUGGCUGCAUUAACAGGAAUGUCUCUAGAUGGCUAAUAUAAAGGUUUCUUUCCAUAGUACUAUAGACGGUGGGCAUGAACCUGCACAUUCCUUGUGCAGUGUAAACUCCCACUAAUGUAGAUGGGGUGUAGCUAAUGCAGGAUCAGGGUCAAUAUUUGACUUCUAUGGUCCCUACUUGCAGUCUUCCAGAUACAGAAUUCUAGUUUGAUUAGACAUUACAAACAGAUAAACGUAGGCUGACAUAAAAGGUGGAAGCUGCUAAGUAUUUACUACUCGGUUUAAGCAAAGUACAGUAUGUUGAGAAUAAUCCAAACUAUUGCCAAAAUAUUUGGUUGAAUGAUUUUCUUUUCACCUCCAUAAAUCGAAGGAUCAGAUACAUUUUAAUAAAUGGCAUGAAAUUAAACUGCAACA